AUGCCCUCCCUCACUCUGACCGACCCGGACAUGAUCCUGCCGUAUGACGGUAGCGAACGCGAAUCCUCUACUCCCUCUCCGCCCUCCCAGCUCGUCUACCUCUCCAAUCUGAACGCCCGCUACAACUCCUCAGACCAUGCCGGCUCCAGCGUAGGCGCCUCAGGCAACCGGGCCAAGAAGAAUUUUUCGCGAAAUGCCUGGUCCCACGAGGACGUCACGCCCAACCCGAGACGAUUGUCUGAUAUCGGGGAGGAACUGUCGCCUGCGCGUUUGGACGGGUUUGAUGAGGAAGACUCGGACCAAUAUCAGGGGCACGUGGAGGCGCACGUUGCCAUUCCUGACGCGAAGGAAAAUGCAACGUGGAGUAGCUCCAACUCCACUGUUAGCGCGGGAAGUGCACGCCCAAGAGAAGUCGUCUCGCCGGCCACUGUUCGUGGGGUGUCGCCGGCUCAGGAUGAAAUUAGAAAUGCAAAUGCGAAUGCGAAUCACAUGCUGAGUCGCGAUAAUGAAGAGGUUAGGAAGGUCUUGUCGCCCGAUACCGCUGUCAAUUUGUCGGGCAGUAGUCCCAUUGUUACGGCUGCUGCUACGGGCAAGGGUCCCGGAGAGGAUUACUCGUCGGCGAUAUUGAGUAGCGAGGCGGAGAGGAUUCUGGAGAAUGCAAAGAAACGAUUAACGCUCAUGGAAGGCAAUUUGAAUCGCGCUCGUUCCACUACGCGCCUCACACCUUCGCCUUCGCCCUCUGCGCCUGGGAAUAUUCAGCCGCUCGGCGCGCACCAGCCGGCUGGUGGCCUCUAUCGAUCGAUUUCGCGAGCUGAUCGCAGGGCAUCCACACUUCGGCGACAGUCGUUUGUAAGUUCGCAGGACGCUUCGAACAACAAGCAUUCGCGGGUGCACAGCGACACAAAUUUCCCUCCCGAGUCGAGUUUGUCGAAGGAUCCGAAGCGCGCCUCUCGCUCGGUCAGUGCUAUGGGUGCCAGCACUUCGUCAUUUCACCAUGAUGAUCGAUCGUUCCAAUAUGAACCGACGCGCGCGUAUUUGACGCACCGGUCGUCGAUAUCGUCUGUCAGGCCACCUUAUUCGGAAUCCCCACAGCCGGCGGAUUCACCCCAGCUUAUUGAAUCCCCCGUUCCAGAGGAGAGUAGCUCUUCUGACUCGCCAACUGGACUGGGCAUCUCGGCAGAUGACGAGUCAAGCUCUAAUCCGGGAGAUUCAAGUCCGGUGUACGGCUCUUCUGGCCCUCCUAGUCGUGCCCAGUCUCAGUUGCAGGUGCGUGACUUGCAAUACCAAAUGAAGGGACUUCAUAUCAAGAUCUCCUCUCUCAAAGUCCGGAGCCAAGAGGAUAAUAUGCGUCGUCGAAGCCUACAAAGUCUGCGCACCCCUAGUCCAUUAACUCAGGCCGAUGCUUGGUAUGCCAAUGCCCUGGAGCUGAGAGAAGGUCAAAGCAGCCGUGGGUCUAAUGGUCGACGCGAUGUCAGCUCAGAGCAUGCUCGCGAGGCCCAUUCUUCUAAUGAACGACUGAAUGCGGUCAAGCGAUCAGAGCGAACAGAGGAAAGUCCCGUGGACCGCAAUCGCGCGAGUCUUUCCCAGGCCCCAGAAGCCUGGCAGAGGCCAGAUAGCGAGAGGCAAGAUGACGGACGCCAGUCUGUUGCUGAGAGUCUAUACGAAGACGCCGAGGAAGGGGACUUUGACGAUGGCGAUAUUGACCGUGAGGCGUUGGAUGAGAUCCUGCGAGAACCACUAGAUGAGGAUCUCGAAAGCCUGGAUGAAUUCCAUGAGUUCCCUAGUGUAGACACGCGGCCGCACGAAGAGCGCGAAGACGCCUUCGACUACGAGCAUUUUAUUCUCCACAGCGCCCUUGGCAACUACUCCCGUCAGAUUCGCCGUCCAAGUCAAAGCUCCCGUGGCUCGGUCGAGACGACGCGACCAAACCGGUCGGUGCGACACUCGCGUACCAACAGCGCCAUGUCCGUCUCCACAGUGGCUACGUUCGCCACAGCCAUGGAGGGUGAUGUGCCAGAAAUGCCAGAAGAGGAGGAUGAUUUGUUAUACUGGGACCGCAAGUUCAACCACGGUAUGUUUGUUUCCCCCUCGCUUCCUGAUAUUACUCCAACUGACACUAUGACAGAACUCCGCCAUCGCCAUUCACAAAUCCGCCAAGCACACCCCAUGGAGACUGACCGCUCCGAGACGCCCCGUGGGACUCGGGCAGACCAAGAUGGCUCUGCAAAUGUGGAGGAUCCGCAGCUGACUCCACGUCGCGUGGACAUGACCGGUCGCUCCUCAUCCGCUACCACCGGCUCAGCAACUCCAACAUCGCUUGUCUCGUCGCUCGUUUCUACUGUGCGCGCGGCUUCGAGCCCGCACCCAGGCUCUGUGACCCCAACCUCGGCGGGUGGUAUCAACGACGACGAUACCCAGAUGCUAGAGCAGCUGUUCUCGAGCCUGGGUAACGUCUGCAUGGAUCUGCAGGCCAUCACGACCUCUCCUGAUCCCGAUCUCAAGGCUGCUCGGAUCCUUCGACGACGACUGGAUGCGGCGCGAAGAGUGCUGGAUGGAGAACUCGAUACUUGA